AUAACAAAGAUCUGGUUGAACUAAGUCAGUUAGUAGGACUUAAAGUUUACUUGAGAAGUAGAGCCUGCUGCCUAAAGAUUUAGCAAUGAUUUUAUAUUCCUUAUAUGAGUGGCUGGAUUUAAAAGGAUGCUUGUUUUGUUUUUGUUUACUCCUGCUACUUAUAGAUAUUAUCAGAAAUAAAAAUCCAGCAAAUUUUCCACCAGGACCCCAGCCACUACCCAUCCUAGGAAAUGUCUUCACUGAUGUUAACUAUAAAACUAUGGAUCAGUUCAUUGAGAAGUAUGGAAACAUCUUCAGUCUGAGAAAAGGAGGUGAUAAAAUAGUGUACGUUUCUGGAUUUAAAAUGGUGAAGGAAGUUUUGAUCACUCAGGGGGAAACCUUCAUUGACCGCCCCAUUUCACCUCUAUUUGAUGCACUUUAUAAAGGCAGAGGUAUGUCCUUUAACAAUGGGUACUCAUGGAGAAAGCAACAGCAGUUUUCCAUGAGUCAUCUGAAAAAUUUCGGAGAGGGGAGGAAGACUCUAGAAGAACAUAUUCAACGAGAGUGCUACUCCCUAAGUAGAGCCUUUAAAGAAGAGCAGGGCCACCCAUUUGACCCUCUCAUCAAAAUCAACAAUGCAGUGGCCAAUGUUAUUGGUAACCUGGUGUAUGGCCAUCGAUAUGAGUAUGAUGAUGUUGAUUUCCAAAAGCGUCUACAAAUGAGCGCAGAGUCUGUGUUUCUUACAGGAUCUGUGUGGUACCAGCUGUAUGACGCCUUCCCAGGUAUAAUGAGGUGGUUACCAGGACCUCAUCAGACAAUAAUCUCAAACUAUCAAGAGUUGGCAAACUUCCUGAGAGAAAAGGUUGAGCAACACAUACCAGACUGGGACAGUGAUAAUCCUAAAGAUUAUAUUGAUGCAUACCUUACAGAAACAGAGAAGAGGAAGAAUGACAAGGAGGCAGGAUUUAGCAUUGACAGUCUGGUAUGGUGUAUGGUGGACUUGUUUGAAGGGGGAACUGAAACAACAACCAACACCCUCCGAUGGGCUCUACUCUUCCUCAUCAAGUACUCUGACAUUCAAGAGAAGGUCCAGGCAGAGAUAGACCAGGUGAUUGGGUCCCGUUUACCUACUAUGGCAGAUAAGGCAAACAUGCAUUACACUAAUGCUUUCAUUCAUGAGGUUCUCAGAAAAGCAAACCUUGUGCCGAUCAAUAUGUCUAGAAUGGCAAGAAAGGACACAACCCUAAGUGGCUACUUCAUACCAAAGGGGACAGUGAUAAUCACUAAUCUGACAUCAGUGCUGUAUGAUAAACAUGAAUGGGAAACACCAGACACCUUCAAUCCUGGACACUUUCUAGACUCUGAGGGCCACUUCUGCAGGAAAAAUGCCUUCUUUGCCUUCUCAGCAGGCAAGAGGCACUGUCCAGGCGAGUACCUAGCUCACAUGGAGCUGUUCAUCUUCCUCACCAUUUUCCUGCAGACCUUCAACUUCAGCCCUUCCCCUGGUAAGGAGCCCAGUUUGGAGAGCAAAAUGGGCUUCACACAAGCACCUCUGCCAUACAAGCUGUGUGCUCACCCGAGAUGAAUGGCGUCAGCUCAGUAUGGCAACGAAUCUGCAUCACCCACUUGGGAACAAUGCAGCCUGUAAUCAUGCCAUUUAUGGGAACACAUUGGGACUAUAGUUGGUGAAUGUAUUUACUCAUUUAGAACGAGUUCCAAACACAUUAUUUUUUUCGUCUUCUUUACAAAUCCCAGGAAAUGUGUUUUGGCCAGUACUUGUCUCCAGACUACACAUGGUAAGAAUUAGAUUUGGCUUAAAUGAGAACAGUUUUGUUUUGAUAACUAUUUGUUGCGUUAUUCACCUUAUGCGCCAGAGAAACUAGCGCACAGCCAUCUUGAAAAUGUUGUCUUUGAACUUCCGGUCUAGCGUUUUCUAUGUAGAUACUAUCUAUGGUGUUGAUGUCAAAGUGUAAUUAGCUAGCAAAGUGGAUUUACAGGUUAUUAGAGUUGCCAAAGAUUAUCAUGAGUAUUUUAAAGUGUUCAGGGGAUGUCAUAACAACUAGAAGCUGAGUGGGUUGGUUUUAAAACAAGAGUACUUCUUUCAUAAAUCCACAAGAUCUUACCUUCACACUGUGGACUGAUAUGCUUCUGUGCUCAUGAAACUCCAAGACACAACACAAAGUCAUUAAAAAUAUCUCUGUACGACACCUCUGACCAUCUUCUCAUGUCAUUCACCCAUCGCAUUAUAGUUAAGGUGAGCAAACUGGGAUGGGGAGACAGCUAGACAGACACAGACACAGACACACAGACACACACACACACACGUUGGUGCGGCUAUCCUUAUGAGGACUCUCCAUAGACAUAAUGAUUAUUAUACGAACUGUAGAUUCUAUCCCCUAACCAUAACCCUAAACCUAACCCUCACAAAAAAAAAAAUCUGCAUUUUUACAUUUUCAAAAAAACAUUGUUUAGUAUUUGAAUUAUGGGGACACUAGAAAUGUCCUUAUAAACCACAUUUAUAGCAUAAUACCCUUGUAAUUACCAUUUGUAACCUAAAAAAAUGUCCUCACACCACCCAAACCCACCCACACACACACAAAUAUAGCUACAUGUGAAUGUGUACAUUUUAUUUUAUAUUUCGUUUACAACAAUUUUAAAUCACAUUUAAGCCUUAAUUUAAAAAAAUAACAUUUUCUUUAAUGUCAUGAACUUGCAUGUGAAAUAAUACGAGCUGUCCUGUUUGAAAUUUCAUGUCAACUACACAUUUUUCACAUAAAUUAUAAACAAGUUGAAACCUAAAAAAAUGAGUAGAAAUACAUGUAUAAUAAUAAAACGCUUGUAUCAUGAAAAAGUGCAGUGUGUCUGUCAUAGCUUUCCGAAUGUGAUCUGCCAGGUCCAAUUUACCUCUGUGUGUCGGAAAAACUAACAUUUACAGUGACAGAAAAAAAACACCUCACUAGCAUUUUCACAUAGAAAAGGGUGUAUGGUGUAGACUCACACCAUCGACUCUUGGUGAAAAAUACUUUCUGUGCUCCCACACCUAAUCCAUUUUGAUCGACUCUUCUCAGCAGAUUCAUUACAAACCGGAGGUUAAGAGACAAAACACGGAAGUGCGGAGUGUUGAAAAGAGGUGGGGCUAAAUAAGGUGAAUAAGGAUUAUAAUAAUGAAACUUAAUUUUCGUCCUCCCAACUAUUCACAAUAUGUGACUUUUGGAAACUACAUGAAUACGCCUUUGCCUUCUGACUCGAACACCACACCUUCUGGAUAUACAGACUAGUAGUAUACUACUUUCUGUAUUCAUGUUGAGUUGAAUUCUUUCACGUUGAUUUUCAUUUUUCCCUCCUUGCCUUUCUUGUUUAUAGUGUGUGUUCUGUUUUGCAAUGUCAUUUUAAAAUAAUAAUAAUAAUAAUAAUAAUAAUUAUUCAUUCAUCAUUAUCAUUUCGCUUCAGAAGACAUUAAAUAAACUACUCGAGUCAAAUGGA